AUGCUACAGGCAGCAAAACAUGCACUAGAAUUACGAAUUCUCACCAACAAAUGCAUCAAAUCAUUGCUAUCAUCAUGCAAAACCACGCAACAAGCUCUUCAAAUCCACGCUCACAUUGUCGUAACUGGCCACCACAACAAUCUCUUCCUCUCCACCACUCUCUUCACCUUCUACGCCUCUUCCUCCUCCUCACAAUCCCUACGCCAUUCCCACACCCUCUUCUCUCAAAUCACCAACCCCGAUCUCUUCCUAUGGAACGCCAUCAUCAAAGCAUACUCUCUCACUCUUCAUCCUCCACCAAAACACCCAUUUUCUCUCUUCAAAUCAAUGCUCUCUUGUUCUAUAUCCCCUGACUCAUUCACCUUCCCAUACCUUCUCAAAUCAUGUGCUAAUUUGUUGAUAAGCGAUUCUCCUAAAAUGGGUCUUCAGGUUCGUUCUCAUGUUGUGAGAAAUGGGUAUGAUUCCGAUGUUUAUGUUAACAAUGGUCUGUUGAAUUUCUAUUGCGCUUUUGGGGAUGUUGAUAGUGCGUGUAAGGUGUUUGAUGAAAUUCCUGUUAGAAACUGUGUUUCGUAUAAUACGAUGAUUAAUGGGUUUGUGCGUGCAGGUUUUGUAAGUUGUUGUUUUCGGGUUUUUGAGGAGAUGAGGGGGGUUUGCGUUAAGCCGGAUGAGUAUACUUUUGUUGGUUUGUUGUCUGGUUGUUCGUUGUUGGAGAAUUAUAGGAUUGGGAGGGAAGUGCAUGGUUUGGUUUAUAGAGAACUGGGGUGUUUUGGUGAUAGUGUUGUGUUGGUGAAUAAGCUUGUUGAUAUGUAUGCGAAAUGUGGGUGUUUGGUUAUGGCUGAGAGGGUUGUGACAGUGAGUGGAAUGAAAGAUGGGAAGGGUGUUGUUGAAGCUUGGACUUCUUUGGUGAGUGCGUAUGCUUUGCGGGGAGAAGUCGAGGUUGCUAGAAGAUUGUUUGAUCGAAUGGGUGAAAGAGACGUGGUUUCUUGGACUGCCAUGAUUAGUGGUUACUCUCAUGCAGGAUGUUUUCGAGAAGCAUUGGAAUUGUUUGUGAAGUUGGAAGGUUUGGGGAUGAAACCGGAUGAGGUUGUUGUGGUUUCUGCUCUUUCCGCGUGUGCGCGGCUAGGCGCCCUUGAGUUGGGAAGAAGGAUUCACCAUCAAUAUGCUGGUGAGAAUUGGACAUGUGGUCUAAAUGGUGGGUUCACUUCGGCUGUUGUUGAUAUGUAUGCCAAAUGCGGUAGCAUUGACACUGCUUUGGAUGUGUUCCGUAAAAUAAGUGAUGAUGUGAAAACAACUUCUCUGUAUAAUUCUAUUAUCUCUGGUCUUGCUCGUCACGGCAUCGGUGAACAUGCUUUGACUUUAUUUGAAGAAAUGGGGUUAUUAGGAUUAAAACCGGACAAAAUCACUUUUGUAGCAGUUUUAAGUGCUUGUGGACAUUGUGGUUUGGUUGAUGUUGGAAAAAAGCUGUUUGAAUCCAUGUUAACUGUCUAUGGAGUUAAUCCUGAAAUGCAGCAUUAUGGCUGUAUAGUUGACCUUCUUGGAAGGGCCGGCCGUCUGGAUGAAGCACAUCGUUUAGUUCUAAAGAUGCCAUUUAAGGCCAACGCUGUCAUUUGGAGAGCACUGUUAAGUGCUUGUAAAGUACACGGAGAUGUUGCAUUGGCUAGACUUGCCAGCUAUGAGCUUCUUGAGUUGGAGCAUGAUCAUGGUGCCGGCUAUGUGAUGCUAUCUAACGUGCUAGCUGACAUGGAUCAGCGUGAUGAAGCUGCAGAUUUGAGAGAAGCAAUAGACAAUGUUGUUAUACAAAAGCCAUCCGGUUUGAGCUAUGUGGAGCUGAAUGGAACUCUUCACAAGUUUGUAGCAGGCGAUAAGUCUCACACAGAAGCCAAAACCACUGAGCUGGUGCUUGGGACAUUAAUAUAG